AAAAAGACAGAGAGAGAGAGAGAGAGAAACAUUGGCCGGUGGCCUCGUCACACAAAUCAAUCACCAAAAUAUCCAAAAGGAACCGAAAACGCAUAAAGCCAAAGCCUUUCUUCUUCGUCCGAUAUUACUGAGAAAGCAAUCCACAAGAUUCGAUUGAAACUUUUCCAUUUUCCUCAAAAAGUUUCGAUUUUGUUGAACGGAAAAGAAAAACCUAAUCCCCCUUUUACGUUAGGGUUCUGGGGUUUCUGUUUUGUCUCUCUGUCUGAUGAUGUGCGAGGAGAUUCUUCCUCCGUUCGCGUCUAUGUCAGAUGGAAGACCAUGAUAAGUCUCCCCCUAAGGAUUACUAUAAGAUUCUAGAAGUUGAUUACGACGCAACUGAAGACUUGAUCAGACUGAAUUAUCGGAAGCUUGCAUUGAAGUGGCAUCCUGAUAAGCACAAAGGCGAUAGUGCAGCUACAGAGAAAUUUCAAGAGAUUAAUGAAGCUUAUAAUGUGCUGAUGGACCCUGCUAAACGUUUUGAGUAUGAUUUUACUGGUAUUUAUGAGAUCCACAAGUAUACUUUACGGGAAUAUCUCGCCAGAUUUAAGGGAAUGAUACUCACUUGCAAUGGGCUUGGUAUCAGCCAAUCCUCAUCACCAUGGACACAUCAAUUGGCUGGGACCACCAAACAACAGACGAGCAAGGAUACUGUAUAAACUGAAGCAGAAGUUAGAAGAGAGCUGUAAAACUGUACAAAACUGGAGCCAUUGCACUUUUUAUCGCGCAUUGAUGAUAUAAUGAUAUGCUUUAGUUAGAUCUGUUGUAUUGUUUCUUUAUCUAUGUAGAAUUAGAGAAGCUUGUAUUGUCUCUGGCGUCUAUUCAUACAUUCACGCAUUGGUGAUGGUUCAGAUAUUUUACCACUCUACUUCUCUCAUCAUUUAUGGUUUUUUCCAGACCGGAGACAUACAGUGAAUAAUACAAUCUAUGAAACGAAGCUUCAGUCUUGAAGAUGUAUUUAUUUGCUUUGUAGCUGUAUAUAGUUUAGUUGAAUAUUCAAUGUAAUCAUUAGCUUGCACAGCUCAAAAGGGAAGAUUCAUUAA